CUAUGCACUAUGCAGCCAUAUUGAUUUGUUUCAGCGUCAAAGCAUUUUUCAGCUAAACUUAGGUAAACAAUUAUCAUGUCAUGUAAAUGUAAUUCAAAUAGAAUGGAAGUGAGCAUAAACUGAGAGGUAGUUGACAUACAACAUUACUGAAUCUUCGAGAAAUAUUACAAAGGAAUAGAAGUUGGACGAAUAUUAUUUAAUUUAGCUAUGGCUGAAUAUCUUGCUUCUAUUUUCGGAACAGAGAAGGAUAAAGUCAACUGUUCUUUUUACUUCAAAAUCGGAGCAUGCAGACAUGGAGAUAGGUGUUCUCGUAUACACAAUAAGCCAACAUUUUCCCAAACUUGUUUACUUCAAAAUUUAUAUGUAAAUCCACAAAAUUCUGCUAAGUCUGCUGAUGGGAGUCAUUUGGUUGCCAAUGUCUCAGAUGAGGAAAUGCAAGAGCAUUACGACAAUUUCUUCGAAGAUGUUUUUGUUGAAUGCGAGGACAAAUAUGGAGAAAUUGAAGAAAUGAACGUUUGUGAUAAUUUGGGAGAUCAUCUUGUGGGAAAUGUCUAUAUCAAGUUCCGUCGUGAGGAAGAUGCCGAAAAAGCUGUUAAUGAUUUAAAUAACCGCUGGUUUGGUGGAAGACCAGUUUAUGCUGAAUUGAGUCCUGUAACUGAUUUCCGUGAGGCAUGCUGCCGUCAGUAUGAAAUGGGUGAAUGUACAAGAUCUGGAUUUUGCAAUUUCAUGCAUUUGAAACCAAUUUCAAGAGAUUUAAGGAGAUACUUGUAUUCCAGAAGGAAGACUGGAAGAAGGCGUUCCCGUUCUCGUUCUCCAAAAAGGAGAUCAAGAUCUAGAGACCGUAAAGGUUCACGUUCUCCACCCCGUCACCGUGGCCGUAGUGGAAGAUAUUAAAAGUUAUUAUUCAGAAACAGAAAAUUUUUUUUCGUGGCAAAAAAUUGGAUUUUGAUUAUUUUAUAGUCAUUACUGAAUUAUAUGUAUGGUGUCAAUAAAGUAAAUUGGCUGAUCACUAAAA